UUUUUUGGGGAGAAAAAUUUCCAGAAAGAAGCCGAAGAAGAAGAACACCUUCCCCAUCUUUCGCUCCCCCUUCUCUCUCUCUCCCUCUCUCUUUGGGUGAGAGAAAGUUCUGAUUUUGUCCCUCUUCUCUGCGGCAAAUCUCCUCGAUCUCCAUUCCCCUUCUCUCGCGAAAGCCCGCCCCACUGUCUGCCGGAGUCCGAGAUUUCCCACGUUUCGGCUUACGUUAGCAAUCCUUUCUUCCCCUCUUUGCUUCUCCGGUUUGUUGCCCUAUGUCGUAAAUCAUGUCGGCCCCCUUGGUGUCGUGGGUGUUUUGCUUUCCCCGUGGAUUUUGUUCCCUGUGAAGAGAGGAGUGAUGUCCUGCUGAUUCACCUGGUCCCUGUUGCUCAAUUUCCUGUCUGUCCUGAAUCUUUGCCCCCACGCUUUUUUAGGACCUGGGAGAUGUGUCCUUGGGACGAGCUUUAGCCCAAUUGGAGUGGACGUCGGGCAUUCUCUCGGAUAAAGGGGAUAUUUUUACAGCAGCGGUGCGAUGUUCGGCUUCGAGCGGAGGGCCAUAUCUCGAGGUGUCAUUUGUUUUGUUAAGUGGACAACUAGGGCUUUCAAAUGUCAGAUACCUGUCUGUUGAGUUUGUUGUUGGGUUGAACAUUGGAGCCCUGUAUGGUUCAUUGUGCUGUUCUGUAGUUGCUAUUUUUGUCCGCGUGUUUAAUUUGGUCUUGAAAUUUGCGGGAUUACGGAUAAGAAGAGGAGGAUAGAUUGCCUGAAUAGGAUUCGAUGGGCAAUAAGCUUGGGAGGAGGAGACAAAUGGUUGAUGAGAAGUAUACAAGGCCUCAGGGGCUAUACCAACAUAAAGAUGUUGAUAUCAAGAAGCUUAGGAAACUAAUUCUCGAGUCCAAGCUUGCUCCUUGCUAUCCCGGGGAUGAAGAAUGCACUUACGAUCUCGAGGAAUGCCCCAUUUGCUUCUUGUAUUACCCCAGUCUUAAUCGAUCGAGAUGUUGCACGAAAGGCAUAUGUACAGAAUGCUUUCUGCAGAUGAAGGUUCCUAAUUCAACCCGCCCCACACAGUGUCCAUUUUGCAAAACAUCAAAUUAUGCGGUGGAGUAUCGUGGUGUCAAGACGAAGGAGGAGAAGGGCAUCGAACAAAUUGAAGAACAACGCGUAAUAGAAGCAAAGAUCAGGAUGAGGCAGAAGGAACUCCAGGAUGAAGAAGAGAGGAUGCAAAAGAGAGAGGAUUUGAGCUCUUCUAGCAGAAGUAUGACACUUGGGGAUAUCGAGUGCAGCUCAGCAGGAGCUCCAUCCAGAAGGUCUCAUGUUGAAGCAGAUGAAAUUGUUUCCGAGGCCUCGUGUGCUGCCUCAGUGAGUAGACAGACUCCACUUCCCAGGAGUAACAGGGAUGAUGAAUUUGAUUUGGAUCUUGAGGAGAUAAUGGUCAUGGAAGCAAUUUGGCGUUCCAUUCAGGAAAGAGGAAAGCAGAGAAUUCCAUGCUAUGGCAGUGAGUCGGAUCUUCCAGAACAGUACAUGUCCUCCGAAGAUCAGUAUGUCUCACACGCAACUGCCGCCUCUUCCUCGUCUCCUUCUGGUGGGCUUGCUUGCGCAAUUGCAGCCCUUGCUGAGCGCCAGCAAAUGAGCGGAGAAUCCUCAUCCUCCUCCCGUGCCGUAAAUGCUAAUGAGAACCUACCGACCUACAGUAACCUAAACAUGCUCCCAAGCUGCAGCGGUUAUUACCCUCCUGGGGGCCCUGCUGUUGAGAUCUCCCAAACUGAUGGGGAAUGGAAUGUGGAACGUGGUUCAGAGUUAGCUGAAGCAGGGACAAGUUAUCGGAGUUCCAGUUCGACAGAGCAAGGUAGUGGAAUCACUGAUAUGCCCCAACAGGGUGAGGAAGUUGAGGAUGAGGGCUUUCAGAGUCUCCCUGCUCCCAUUGUCCCGGAGAGCUUCGAGGAGCAGAUGAUGCUAGCAAUGGCGGUUUCUCUCGCUGAGGCCCGGGUAGUGACGAGUGGUCCUGGAGUCACGUGGCACUAGUAGAGGCCCUGUUUGAAAAUGUCCCAAGCUACGGGCCAUCCAUCCUCAGGUAGUAGGUUGAUUUGAUUGUUGAAAUAUAUCAUUCUUAAGCGUCUCUAUACAGAUGAUGCUCUCUCUGUCUUGUCUGCCUCUCUUCUCUGUGCUGUUCGAACGUGUGAGGAGGAGUCACAUUUGCAUGGUGUAAGCUACGAGCUUCGAAGUUGAAGGUAGUUAGUGUUCCCCAUCUGUGUCUCUUCCAAUGUUGGUAUACAGAAGAUGUAAGGAGGAAUACUCGUCGUUUUUCAGUGAAUGGCAAAAAAAAAGGUUUGACAGUCUAUUU